CAUCUGCACGUCUUUGGAACCAAACGUCUCUUGACUCCCUCACCCAACCCCGCCAUGCUCAGAGCAAUCUCUUGUUGCUUUGGGGGACUCGCCGUCCCAUCCAGCGACCGAGAUGUCUCGUCGCAGACCCCUGUCUCCCAGCAGCCAACCUUCCCUUCUCCGCUCGAUCCCUUUGGCCCCUGGCUCCAUCCCGUCGAGUGUCUUGUCAACACUGCCCGCGACGAACCCGAUUCCCUCCUGAUCAACACCUACGAGAGCGGCGCCUCGGAGCGACUCAGCUAUCUCCGUGUGUGGAAGCAGGCGUACUCGGUCGCCCAGGCUCUCAAGGCUCUUCCCGGCUGGGACGACGACGACCACGAGGUCAUCGGCACCUUCUGCGAGGCCGAAGCCAGCUGGGUGAUCGACUCGCUCGCCGUGUGGAUGCUGGGCAAGAAAACACUCAACUUUGCCCUCAACCUGCCUCCUGCAGCCCGCAAGGCCCUGUGCGAGAGACAUGCGACCAAGUACAUUCUCCACCACCACACCAAACCCGGCCGCACCGAGGGUGUGACGCUGAUCGAUGCCGCCACCUUCCCGGUGCUGGACAGCAUUCCGUCCCCGUCUCUCGAUGUCUGUGGGCCGCUUGAUGAGUUUGUGACCAUCCAAUGCACCUCCGGAACAACAGGCAUCCCCAAGUCCUUCAAGUUCUCGCACACCGGAGGAAUCGCAAUUCGAAAUUCCAUCCGUCUUGCCGGAAUCAGGACUGGGAUCUGUCAGACGCCAUCGUUUGUGGCAACAAUGACCUUGCUGCUCGGCACGCUCAAUCUGAAGGGCUCGUUAUGGAUGCCUGAGCCAACACACAACACUGUCGACAAGGUCAAGAGUAUCAUACGGACACUGGAUGAUGGCGUGUGGUACCUCUACCUGACUCCCUCGUUCAUGAAGAUGAUCAUCAGCAUGGCCCAGUCCGGUCGCUCGGAUGUGGAGUGGGCGGCCGCCAAAAUCAUCGGCCUCGGCUCCGAGCUCGUUCCGUCAAGUGUUGUCCAGAGUGCGAGACAGGUUUUCCCCAAUGCUGAACUUCAGCUUGCUUAUGCAUCCAGUGAGUCGCUGCUUGUGGGUGGUCUCUCAGUGGCAUUCCUUCCAGCCAACAGCGAUGUUCCUGAUAAGCUGGUCUACAAGCUCGUCAAACCCGGUGUGCGCUGUCUCCUCUUUGACGAGGAGGGCAACAUUGUCGACCAGAAGGUCUCGAAGACUGGUGUGCUCGUCUUUGCCGUCGACAAGGACCAUCCCAUCAAGAACCACCCCAACUUUGUCAAUGCCGAUCCAAACAACAAACUCUCACCCUUCGGCUUCCUUGAGGAUGGCUCGCCCCGUGUCUGCACCAUGGACUGGGUCGAGAUGGUUGGCGAGAACCAGUUCACUGUGGUUGGAAGAUUCGACCAGAAGAUCAAGGUCAACGGCGUCUAUGUCGACCUCAACGCCCUCGAGGAGCUGGCCAACGAAAACAUGUCCAAGGUCAUCUCGGACUGUGCCUUCAUCCAGACCUCCGAGAAGAAGAUCGUGAUGCUCUUUGUCCGCAGAAGCGGCUCUCAGGUCAACCCCACUCCUGCCGAGCUUCUGCAGCUGACCGAGGACAUGUUUGCGCUGACGAACGUCGCCAAGUUCCCGAUCCACAACUGCUUCGAGCUCGACGAGUUCCCCUUCAACGACUCGGGCAAGCGCGACCUCAAGAAGCUCAGGCGCAUCGCCGAGAAUGUCGAUCAGUUCGGCAAGUCGGUCGAGUACCCUCGUUUGAAACUCGCCAACACUCCCCUGUCCCGCACUGCCGCCAAGAUCUCCACACUUGGAAGCCAGAUCAUCGACAACCCCGCCCUCGACGGCCGCAACUACUACAUCGGCGGCGUCGGCUUUGACUCGCUGAGUGUCGGCCGUCUGGCCCUCGCCAUCAAGGACGAGUUCAAUGUCGAGAUCUCGCCGCUGAUCUUGCUGUCGAACGGAAUGACACCGACUGAUGUCGCCCAGUUGGUUGUCGACAUCCUCGACGACAGACCGAUGAUUCCGCCGACAGUUGAUCUGGCUGCUGAGGCCGCCAAGCUCGACGAUGCGAGUGUGACGGCCGAGGGUCUCCCUCCGUUUGUCUAUCCCAAGGACCCUCGCGGCAUCGUCCUGACCGGUGCCACUGGCUUCCUCGGUGCCUUCCUGGUCUUUGAGCUGGCACACAAGUUCCCUCGGGCCAAGAUCAACUGCCUGGUCCGAGCCCCGACCGAGCAGGCCGCCAUCGACCGCAUCAUCAACACGGCUCAGAAGUUGGUCCUCGAUCCGAGCCAGAGAGCCUUCCUUGACCACAACCUCAAGUCUCGACUCGUUGGACUGUGCGGCAACCUGUCGCAGGACAAGUGGGGACUCUCGGACGAGCGAUGGAAGGAGAUCAGCGAGGAGACCGACAUGAUUGUCCACAAUGGCGCCGAGGUCCACUGGCUGUUUGACUAUGACAGACUCAGGGGACCCAACGUCCUCGGCACGGCGACGGCCCUGAGACUGGCCACAACCCACCACCUGAAGCCGCUGCACUACAUCUCGACCAUCGGCACGAUCCCGAUGGCCAAGAAGGCAGACAAGCCGCUCGAGGAGAAGAUCUACUCGGCCUGGAACAUCUCUGGCGGGUAUGGCCAGACCAAGUGGGUCUCUGAGCAGCUGGUCAACAAGGCACGAUCGAGGGGAGUACCUGCGACGAUCAUUCGCCCAGCCGUCAUUGCCGGCGACAGCCAGUACGGAGUGUCCAACUCUGAUGACUACAUCUGGCGAUAUGUCAAGGGAUGCAUUCAGCUCGGUGUUGCUCCCUCGCACGCCACUCUCGUCACGAUGACCAUGGAUCCCGUCGACCAUGUCGCCAAGGUGGUUGCCGAGAUUGCCGGCUCGGAGGAGGCCCUGUCCAAGUUUGUGUUCCACAUCAGCGACUCGGAGCACAGUGUCCUCUCCGAGACCCGGCUGUUUGAGAUUGUCAGGAACCAUGGCUGGCCGAUCCUGUUCGAGACCCGCGAGCAGUUCAAAGAGGCAUUCCACUCCCAUCCCGCCGUCGAGAGCAACGCCCUGUUCCCGCUCAUGCACAUCAUGAUGGACAUGUCCUUCACGAUCGACAACGCCAACACCCGCUCGAUCUACCCGACUCCCUGUCCCUCGCUGGAGGAGGUCGUCGAGAAGUGUCUCAGCUAUCUGCACCACGUUCGCUUCUUGGGCGAUCCCCUGGACCCGUCUUCGUCCUUCAAGAUCAAGUAUCCCGAGACCAGCGUGGUCACCCGCACUGGCCGCAACUGA